CAUUAAUUCCCGGCCUUCACUCAGCGCACAUCGUGCCGACGCGAAUUCUCCCGAAGAAUCACUCCAUGUGGCCCCCCAGACGUCCAAACCCUCCCCUUCGUGUCAGCAGCCCCCUCCCCCCAGAUUUCCCGAUCAUCUUGUGCCCCUGGGGCCUUCGGAAACUUGCGUAGCAGUUCUCCAGCCUUGCCGGAGAAUGGUACGACCGGCCAGCCGGCGCGUUCGCUCGCUUUCCUUGCGGUCUGACCCUCCGUUCAUUCCCUUGACGUUAAGAGAUCUGAUCAAGGCCUAGCUGCUCGCGUGGGCCAGCCUUGAGUUGCUACUUAGUAAUGGCCCACUAUUAUUCAUGCCUACAUAUUGCCGGACUACCGUCGGGCUCCUGUUUCGAUACGUUUUGAUUUUUUUUUUCUUGGACUUGCUCACCACAUGGCUUCACGAUCACCUUUGAUAUUCCCGCACAUCUUCUCCAUCUUUGCCUUCCAUUGAGCUGUCCUGCUAUCGGGGUUUGUCGGCAUGGCGCCCGCCAGACGAGUCCAGCACAUCGAUCACGACGACAUACAUUCAAAUCUCCACGCGCGGAUACAAUACCUCCAUUCCUUCCUGGACUUUAACGCUUCUGAUAUCCAAGCCCUCACUGUUGGCUCAAAGUACAUUAGGACGUCUAUACCAACAAUUGUAGACAAAGUCUACUCGAAGCUGCUUCAGUACGACAUCACCGCCAAAUCAUUUAUUGAACGUGAGCUAGGAAGGGCCGGUCCCAGCGACAGUUUCCCGUCGAAAGACUCCUCACAAAUCCACUACCGCAAACUGUUCAUGCAGGGUUAUUUGCAAAAAAUAUGCUCGGAUCCAAGUAAAUUCGAGUUCUGGGAGUACAUGGACAAGGUCGGAAUGAUGCAUUGCCAGGCUACUACCCGCCGCGGACUGCACGUUGACUAUGUGCAUAUUGGCAUGACCUUGGCCUUCAUCCAGGAAAUGCUCACCGACGAAAUCCUUCUCCAUCCGAGACUGAAAACGGAGAGGAAGGCCGCGCUCAUCAAGGCUGUAGGGAAAGUGAUAUGGAUUCAAAACGACCUAUUUGCACGGUGGCACGUGAAGGAUGGUAAUGCUCUGAGAAGGCCGCUCCUGUCGCCGCAAAGUGAAAGAGAAGGAUUCCUGCACGGCAAGAGAAUGGUCGAUCCCAGUGGAAGUGUAAGCAGUGGGGGAGAUGAGAACUUCAGUAGUCCUGCCCAGAGCGAUGUCGGAACGCCCGCGGAAGAGCUGAAGCAAUGCCCGUUCUCGGGACUUUUGGAUAAGAUGGACAAGUUUGAAGUCUGAAUCGUCAUGUUUGGUUACGUGGGGGGGAAAUUGUUAGCGCUGAAUACGGCGUUUGUGUGUGGGCGGAUUUUGUGAUACCCCAAGAUACAAACUGUGCUGCGAAUAGAGUUGAGCGAAAAUGCAUGAACCCGAUCAUGAGUCCAAUUCAUGUUCAGUAUUGCUAUCAUGCCUGGAAACACGACCGACUGACGCAGGAUUUCAACUUCAGAAACUGUGGCUCUGCCGAUGGUCCUUGUGAUUAGACAUUGCCACAGCACGCAGUGCCGUGGAACAAGGCGCUGGUUCUCAUCUCGACGCGAUCUGGAAUACAGUGAGCGCUGUCAAUCAAAGACCCGAUGGCAAGGGGGAGUCAAGCAGUGAGACGUGCUUGCUGUAAAGGCUUCGGUUUGCCAAAUUGUUAUUACGCACGCUCGCAAGCAACAUGUUUGUUCAUCGGUCGAUCCAGGCUCGAGAUGGACGGUUGAAGGCGCAGCUGUGGCUAAACGCUAGACCGCGGGCUCUCUAGUGUGGUGGAAAGGAGGAGCGAGACGAGGCCCCUGAGUGAGGACGGGCAGAUGGAUACACAGUAGCUUCGUCGCUUUGUACCAUUCUCUUCCUUUGCGGGCACAGUCUAGUCGAGAGACAAAAGCCAAACUGAUCCAUCUAACACACGAAAGUGGACUCUUUUUAUUUGGGACAUCCGCCUUUCCGUCACAAUCCCAGUCCUCACAAUGGAGUCGGCAUCUACGUCAUCGCCGUCCAAUGCUUCAGCAGCUGCGUCCAAGGUAUCGCCAACUUCAACACAUCCCUCACAGGCAUGAAGUCGGGGCGCAGACUAAGUUGUGACAGCUCGAAUCUAUCAUGUCGCGUCCGCGACCAAUGACUCGUCGAUUCUACCUCGACCGCCCUGACCUGGACAAUCUGUGCGGUCAAAAGGCUGUAGAUCGCCUACGUUCGAAGAUACCCCAGAAAAUUAUUGAAGCGCAAAGGACAGCUGUGAUAGACACAUAGGGAGUAGGAAGUGCGAAACAUGUGUCUUGGAACCUUUUGGUUGCAUGCGCACGACUGCGAGAUACCGCGCGUCUUGUUUUCGUUUAUCAGCCGAUUGUCUCGAUUACACGCGCUGUUCUCGCUCUAUCACCCGCAAACUCAGGCAAAACAAUUUAAUUCAUUCGAUUCGCUCUAGAGAGUCGCAAUCUCAAUUCAAAGCCCCUUCCAUAUGCUACAAAGCGUCGGUAUGUCUGUAUGUCUGCAGGCCUUGGCAUCAAGAAGAUUCUCUUUCCCCAGACGUCUGCUGAUUUGGUCUUGUUCUUGAGCAUGACUAGGAGUCAUUACGCG